CAGCAGGCAGGAGGGAGGGGCAGAGCUGAUUUUAAGGGUUGUGCCACACAGAGACCACAGCUCUGCUUGCCUGUGGUGCUGGGAGAUGGACAAGUACCUGGAGCUGCCCACUGGUGGGAGGAUGCCCAUCCUGGGACUGGGGACCUGGCAGUCUCUGCAGGGAGCAGCAAGGGAGGCAGUGAGGUUUGCCAUCGAUGCUGGGUACCGCCACCUGGACUGCGCCCACCUGUACCAGAACCAGAGCGACAUCGGGGACGCCCUGCGGCAAAAAAUCCAGGAGGGCGUCGUCAGGAGAGAGGAGCUCUUUGUUGUCAGCAAGCUGUGGUCCACCUUCCACGAGAGGUCCCUGGUGAAGGAGGCCUGCCAGAAAACACUUGCUGCCCUCCAGCUGGAUUACCUGGAUCUCUACCUGAUGCACUGUCCCAUGGGAUUCAAGGCAGGAGAGGAGUUAUUUCCUGCAGAUGGAAAUGGCAGGAUCAUUCCCAGCGAUACAGAUUUUCUGGAUACGUGGGAGGCUAUGGAAGAGCUCGUGGACAUGGGAAUGGUGAAGGCUAUUGGAGUCUCCAACUUCAACAGCAAACAGAUCCAUCGGCUCCUGAGCAAACCAGGCUUAAGACACAAACCUGCAAAUAAUCAGAUUGAGAGCCACCCCUACCUUCCUCAGGAAGAGCUGAUUAAGUUUUGCCAAUCAAAAGGGAUCCCUGUCACUGCAUAUUGUCCCCUUGGAGCACCCAACUGGCCAGGGGCCAAGCCUGACCAUAUUUCUCUUUUUGAUGAUCCUCAAAUUAAAGAAAUUGCACUCAAGCACAAGAAAACCCCAGCUCAGGUGCUUAUCCGGCUCCAAAUUCAAAGAAAUGUGAGUGUAAUUCCCAAAUCUGUCACUCCACAGCGGAUUGAAGAAAAUUUCAAGGUGUUUGACUUUGAACUGACUCAGGAGGAGAUGGAGACUCUCCUCGGUUUCAAGAAGCGCUAUCGCAUCUGUGCGCUGAGCGAAUGCAAAAAUCACAAGGACUAUCCUUUUUUUGAAGACUGAUAUAGGCAUCAGCUUCAGAUCCCCCAGGAAUCCAGACCAUUUACUGUUAUUUCAAGCAAUAUCCAAUGCUUUGUGUAUUAAUUCAUGAUAGAAGGGGAAUAUGUGUUAAAAAAAUGCUAGAAGGUAACUCACAGGCAUUCUGAAGAUUCAUCUUGAACAUGGAUACAUUUGCUUUCCUUAUUAUCAACCACUUGUACCAGUCCUUUAUCUGCUCUUCUAACACAAUUUUCAUUUGCAGCAAAGUAUAUAUUCUCUAUUAAUUUUACUAAUGAUAAUGAAGUUUAAUAAACUCAUAUUUGGAUUAAGAAAAAGCAGUCUUGGUCAUAAUUAUAAAACCUGACAAAAGGGUAAUGCAUACACUACUUUUAAUUAUCAGUACAAGACAAUCUAUUUAACAUCAGAACAUCUUAAUGAGAGGAGAGGCUGAGUUCAGUAAUUUCAGUGUAACAGAAUGAAAGCUCUUUAGAGGACACCACUGCAUUAUGAUUCAGGAGAUCUUAAUGAUGUCUCCUAUUUAUGAACUUCCAAAAACUAAUAAACUACUAAGAGAUUUAUAUGUUUGGUUUAUACUAUCUGCAAGAGUAUACAAAUACUGCCUUUAUCAGUAGAAUGUCUGCAGCUGAGACUGUGAAUCUCUCCUAGAAAAUCCAGAGUCUGAUAAAGGAGACAGGAAUUAUUUUGUUUGGCAACUGUCAUACCUAGCAAGCAGAAAAGCUGGUCAGCCUCACAGAAGCCAAAAGUAGAUUUUUCACUCUCCUGUACUGUUCCUUAGGUACUGUUUGCUUGUUUUUUUGACUCAUAGGAUGUCUCUGCUUAAAAACAAAAAGUCAGUGCUGCUGCAGCACACAGCAGUUUUAAUGAGGUGCUGUAAAGCAAGGUUUGCUCUUUAACACUUCACUCAAAACUCCUGUACUUGCUUUAGGCUCUUGCAGCCCAGGAUAAGAACAAAGAUAAGAACAAAAAUAAGAACAAAGCAGAGAAAAGGAAAAUUGUGUAAUUAAGGUUCAGGACUACAAUACACACUUUAUGGAUAUCCUUUUCCAACUGAUUGUCUUUGUAGUUGAUAAAGGAAAUAAUAACAUAUCUUUGAGCUACUUCAGACUUUUCCAAGAUGUUUGAAUAACAGGUGCCCUAGAAACAACAGAACAAAUUCCCAUCAAAUUACAUUUCCUACAGCAACUCUUCUAAAGAAAGGGGUCUGAAAAAUUUAUCAGGAAUUGACACUGAACAGUGAUAAUGCAGUGAUGUGGAGAGGAAGGUGCCUGUAAUGGGCAUUCUCUUGCUUUCUCCUCCUGAGCAUGCUACAUGUAAAGGCCAGCUGCAGGACAUCAUCCUAAAUGCAAUUAGGAAGUGAACUCUGUGAGAGGUGCUCUGCUCCCAGGUCUGGCCUGUGGUCACUUGCCAAUCUACAGCAGUAGCAGCAAUACCUUAAGGCUGUAGCAAACAGCUGGUCUUGAAAUCAUCUCUACUUCAUAGGAAUUUUCUGACCACAUUCCAAUUUAAUCACAGCUAUCAGACUUGAAGCUAUUUACAGGAUGUUUAUAGACUGUGGUGGGCAGGAAGUCAGACUAGAUGAUCACAGUAGCCAUAUAAUAGUAAAAAAUUCAAAACAAGUUGGAAGCCAGAGAUUGUGUGUUUGUUUCAGAGACAAUAGAUCUGUUUCAGCUGCAGAGACUUUAGCAAAGGUAAAAGGAGAAGAAUUUGGGUGGUGUCAGUUACUGGGAAGUAAAUCCCCCCUGUUUUGCAGCAGAACCACAGCCCUAUUUACAAUGUGCCUUUCUAGAACAGAGUUGCUGCCUCCCAGCAAGCACAACCCUGAGCCUGCUGCCAGGAGCUGGAUGGAAAGGUUUUCAGUAUCCCAAAUUAAUUUUCGGUUUCCACCAGCUCUGCAGCACUUUUCUCACACCAAAGUCACAGAUACAUGGUUCCUAGUCAGCAGCAACAUUAUCUGUGCCAAUGAGCCCAGUAAAAUGAAAAGACCUUAGCUGAGCAUUUUGUCUUUGUAUCACAGUGUGUUGUCCCAUGACUUCAGCUUUUUAUUGUGGAGUUCAUCCAUUCUGGUACAGUCAAGCCUCAUGAGACGUUCCAAAGGGGCUGAGCAAAAAAAGUAAAAUGUUAUGUCUGUGUUUUGAAGGGAAAACUGGAUAACACAGGUAAAGAACAAGAGGUAAAAAUCCAAAACUCUGCUGCUGAUUGCUGCUCAAGUUUUCCAUUUACUGGAAUUCCAAACUCUCUCAUGUUGAGGUCAACGUUGUUCAAAAGCAAACUGAAUGAGAAGUCAAAGACAGUCAAGUACAAACCCAUUUCAUGAAGUUUUUGCAAGCAAUCCUCCACAAGAAGUACUGGUCCUUGCCUUGCUCUGAAUCUUAAAAAACAGAUUAGGAUAAUCAGUGGCCUUGGAAUAAGUUAUACAGAUGGUAGUAAGAAAUAAGAAUAAGACUUUCCUUGACCUGACACCAGCACAAGGAGCUGCUCCAGAUGUUUAUCAAAUAUGGAGCAGCUCACAAAAGUGUGACUGGAAAUACACCAGUUGUUAUUCCCUCCAGUAAAAACCAGUAGAAUCAAAUGAACCUAUCAGCAAAUCAGCCCCAAACAAACAAGAGGUGGCAAUUCUUCACUAGCUGUGAGUGUGAAGCAUCAUUCCCUUGGAACAUAAGAGAUUCAGAAGGUAACUGAAUAACAAAUAGUUAAUUGAUGGAUGUUAAACAUAACAUAUUUUGAGAAUAUUUGAAUAACACUCUGCUGCAGUGCUCAACUUACUCAUCUUCAGCAACUUAUUUUGACCCCAGCUGGAGACAAGAUCCUGCAAUAUGUAGAUACUUGGUUUGAUUUAGUUCAGCUGCUCUUAUGAGCAAAUACCAGCUGGCUUGUAAUCAGGCCUGUUUCAGUUUAGAACAGCUUGAUUGUGCAAUCAGCUUUUUUUUUUCUUAAGCAUUUGGAAAAAAUAUGGAGUUUUGCAGAUGUUUGCACCAGUGGUCCUGUACCACGCACUUAAGUUAAAAUGCAAGACUUGUGGGGUUUAUUUAAUAGUUUUAAGAGCUGCCUCACAGGUAAAAUAAACAUGGUCCUGCCAGAAUAAGACAGUGCUGUGUAUUUUAAAGAGACCAAGGACAAGGCAGAGGGAGGGAUGACAAAUAGUUACUGACAGUUUGUAGAGUAAUAAGUGACUGAAAUGAAAAUAAUUUGUCUCAAGUUAACUCUGUGCCCCAGUUAAGCAAAAUACUCCAGAUUUCUAGUUCUCUUCAACACAGUGAGUGCACAUGAAAAUCCAAAGGCAGGAUUUUCUUUUCCCAUUUUGAGUACUGUAGUUUCCUGUGCCCCAGUUUUCACAACUCUGAAACAAGUGCACUCCACAGCACUUGUGCAGUCUUGUGAGCUCAGCAAGAGGAGAGGUCCUGCCUCCUUUUUCCCUGAGGGAAGCAAGCACCAAUUAAAGAGCAUCAUAUGAAAAGUGAUUUCAGCCAGGCAGCCCUGUGUAUUUGUGCUCCAUUAUCAAAAAAUAAAUCUAUUUUCUCUCAAAGGAACAUCAGUUGCAACCUGAAACAAACAUGCUAUGCAUGUCAGACUCUGUGCUGUCCUACCUUUAACCAGCAAGAUGCCAGUUCCAAAUACUUCUUGUCUCCUCUACUACACAAAAAAACUUGCAGAAACACCAUCUUGCCUUCUCUAAUGAGAAAAUUGCUGAUUUUCUCACCUGUUUUCCCUGAUAGACCAGUUCACCAUCAUUCUUUGCUACCAUGUAAAAGGAUCUGUCCUGUGAGAGCCAUUUUCCUUUUAAACAUGAAAUAAAGGCCUGCUAAUCUGGUAUCACUUGGAGCAGUGAAUGCAGCUGGAAGUGAAAGCAAUUCUGUGCAAGCACUGAUUUUACCAGUUCCAAGGACGUAUUUUUUUCUGUUAGCUGCUCUUAAUCCUUGCUGUAGGCUGGAAAUCCUCUUCCCAGGGUGUGCUACAGUAUCACACUAGCUCAGCUCCUGCAAAGAGUCCCCAGAAAGUCUAGGAAGAGGCCAACAAGGUGGAGCUGAACUACAAGUUCUUAAAUUAAGAACACAAAACAAAACACAACCAACUUUUCAUUGGAAGAGCUACAAGACUGUAUUUGUCCUUAACAAUGUCUUUGAUCAGAAACCCAGAGAUCUGUCAAAUCACAACACAAAAACAAAUGCUGUGAAGGGUUUCAGCAGGAAGAGCUCAGUUAGCAGGAAUGCUGAGCUCCGGAUAUUCAGCUCUUUGAUCUUUCCACUUCACCUUGUAGGAGAUGAAAGGAAAUCUCUGCUCUUGUAGGCAGCAUAUGGCACAAGCAUGGGGGUACAACAGGCUGUAUUUUACUGUAAUAAUUCUUGGACUAAAGGAAGGCUCACCAUUAAGGGUGACAAGGUUUCCUGUCCCUCCCUUCCCAGGCUCUGUUCCAGCCUGUGCAUCGUGACCCCUGCACUCAGGUGCUCCUGUUCACCCUCAAUUCUCACCCUGAUACUCCACCAGGAUCCAAGCCCUCUGCCGGCUGAGUGCUGCACCGUGUCCCAGAACGACCCUUGCCAAAUUCCUUCCCCCCUAAGUCAUGCAGGGAAAUACAGAGAGCCUGUUACAAUGGCACUCCACCUCCCUCCUGCCCUGCAGCACUCUGCCUUCCAAGCUGUCUCCAGUAAAAUUCCUACUUCCAGAAUGGAAAAUUUCAGGCACAAACUUUCAUAAAGUUACAGUGAAAUGAAAACAGAGGAAGCUAACAGAACCUGAUGUACUAUUUUGGAAACCCUGACCCCUCAAUGCAAAGUCUUGCCAGAACACACUUGUCACAAAAAUGCUAUUUGCAAGCAAGUCAACAUUGCCCCAAACAGUUUUCUGUCACAGCUGAGACUAUGCAAAGAACAUCACCCCCUCUGGCUUUUUUAGAUGCCUUAGGGCCUUUGUUUAUCACAUUAAAGAUUACCAAAAACACUUGUAGAGCUGAAGCUUUCUGUAAGUGCUUAUAAGCCUAGAAUUUAAAGUGAUUUAUAAUCACUUUAUAGUAGAAUAAUCAACAUUAGAGGAGCAUAUUGCUUCAAGUCAGACACUGAUUCUCUCCUCCUCGUAUUUUAAGUUAACUCAUUCUUGUCUGUUCAGCUUACUGUAAAUUGUGACCAAAAACUAAUUCUGGUCUCAGCAUUACUGGAAAGAGUUUUAAAAAUAGUUUUAAAAUAUUCUAAUAAAUACUAACCACUACACAGAGAAAGCAGAUUUUUUUUUUUGUAAUUUUCCAUUAGUAUGACUCCUUAUGAUCAGAACCAGGAAAGAAACCACCUAUUUCACAAUUUCUUUGAUAUCAACUUGCCUUCAUGUAACAUUUCAACCUGGCCAAGUUGACUUCAAGGUUUGCUAUGCAAUUACAGAAUCACAAUCCUACAUUCACCAUUUAAAUUGGCUUUGCCCUGGUGUCCUCCCUUUUCCAUCAGUUCAAAGAGAAUCCCCUUUGUGCCAGGCCUACACAACCUCCUCAGAGGGACCACUCACAUCCCAGAUCUACUCAGACAUCUAGAAAACUCACAGGAAUAUACAUGCAAGAAAGCCACCCAACAUUGUUCACAAAAUGUAUUUGAGCACUGGUAAAAGCAGUGGCUAGUCUUGAACAGCUCUCAGGUGGCAACAGCUUUAAAACCACUAGAUGCAAAUACUGUGAAAAUCACAAACACUUCACAAGCCAGAAGUUCAGUAUCAGCCUAAUUUUUUUUGUGCUCCCUGAACAAAGAAUUAAGCUACUGAUCUGCUAGCUCAAUGACACUGAAUCUUAUUGGAAACCUGUUUUUACUAUACUUGCCAACAGUAUCUUUUACAAGGACCAAAUUCCUUCCUGCAUCAUGUGCUCCCCUCCUGGAGAGGGGAAGUUUCCUACUGCUUAUCAGAGCAAUCCCAUAGGAUGCUGUGUGGGCUUCAAGUCUUCAGUGGAAUAAGUUUUUUAUUAGCAAAAGUAAGCUAUCACCUCAGUAAAAUAAAAACUGAGCUAAACAUGAUUGCAUUGGUUGUCAGAACCAAACCAGUUCUAUUUAAAGAGAGACACAAACAGAGUCAUCAGCCCCAAGUUCAACCAUGAGAACAGCAGGCAGCUCCCAGGCACAUGUAAGAAGUCAACAUCAUGAUUUUCUGGGGGAUGGUAAUUUCCCUUGCUUUUGUGUCCUCUCUAGAGACAGCUGACAAUAUACAGCUGCUCCAGCACUACUACCAUUAGAGCAUUGCUGAAAUAACCAUCUCAUUACACACAGUAAUGAAACUGUAUUUUAUUAUAAGCAAAACAGCUUUUAUAUCACAAAGAAACCAGGAUCUAUACACUUUUCAAAGAGCUACCCACGUAGAAAUCACUUAGAAAUCAACUUACACUUCCAAUUAGAGGAGAAAAAGGCAUGGAGUGUUACAAAGAAACAGAACCAACCCCAAAAGUAAUCAGAAAAAAAGCAGACUUCACUAUGCAACAUCUGCCAAUAUCCUGGUCCUUCCAGAUAGGAAUAAUCACUAGCUCCAAAUCACAGUAAUCCAAAAUAAAAGUGACUGCUUGUUCAAACUUGCUCAAUGCUUUCUGCUUACCGAUUCCAGACUUGCUGUUUGGCAAAGAAAAUCUACUAGUCCACACAGUGUGCUCUUCAGAACCAUUUCAGCAUUUCCUUCUUCCAAAAAAAGAAAA